AUGGCUGGAAGCCUGCCCGAUCUUGGGGAACUUGAUUCUUUGUAUGAUCCCCAUGAAGGCUCGAUCAUGUCACAACAACUUUCUGAUGUGGACAUGUCUGUCGAAGAAGCUGAUGAUGAAGACAACCAACAACCGAUUCCAAUGGAUGCAGAGCCAGAGCAAGCGGAUGAUAACAAAGCCGAAGAUAUUACACCCUCUCGCCGUCGAUACAGUCACCACUUCGAUGGACUGUCUCAAGCCCCUCAGCCCCCAAACAGAGCUGCUCAGGAGUAUUUGAAUCGUAAACAAAAAUCAUCUCUGCGACCAGUGGUUAAGGAAAAGCCACAAUCUUGGCCAUAUCCUUAUUCGGAUCUUGCUGCAGGCGCCACCAGAGGAGUUUUUCCAAUGAAGCCACCCUCCAGCUUACAGCUCAUUCCGAAAGAUCUGACGCCUACUAGUCCCUCUCCCCUAUCCGCCAUCCCCGCGCCUCAUAUUACUGGGACCCGACUUGAUGCAAUUGACGAAGAAGACGAACCGGUAAACAAAGGCGUGUCGAAUCAAGGCAUGGAUGUAAUUGAAACGCCUAACCCUAUGAGUGAAGAAUACGAGAUGAAUGAAGAAUAUGAGAAGAUGGACGAACAAUACAAAACACAAGAAGAAUACAAAAUAACAGAAAAAUAUGAAGUAAAUAAAGAAUACAAACAAGGAAUUCAGGGUGACAACUGUGAUAUACCUCAUACAGGUCCGGAUGGUUCAGCCCCAAAAUUGAACGCUGAUCCCUUCCAUGGCGGCCUGAGUGAAAAUCAAAUCAGAGAUCUUAUUCCAAACGAUGGUUGCUCAACUGAGCCUGUUGCGAAAGGUGUCAAUCUUGACACAAUUAAUCAAGACACUCGUAUCAAAUUUCCGACCAUCCAUCCAGAGCGUGUAUUCAAUACUGAUAACAGGAAUUCUGUACGGCGUGGCAAACAGCCGGAGCAAAGACACACUGAUCACAUUAUUUCCGUCCGGGCUGGUAAGCAACCAGAGCGAGAAGACAUCAACCAAUUCCUUUCCAAACCGGUCCAGCAUGUACACCCGACCAAAACGACAAGUUCCAAUCCGGCUUCUGAUUGUUCUAGUUUAAGUCAAACACUUGAUUCUACACGUUCGCUGGGGGCACACCGAAAUGAAGGUUUGCACAUUUUCUUGUCACGAACAGCGGAUUCUACACAGCCAAGACUUGGUAGGCAUUAUUCGAGCCGCAAACGUUGGUGGCUUGCAUCUGAAGAUGAUUACUCUUUGAGAGAUCGAGACAUUCGAAAACACUCAAGGUCUCCACAAGCUUCUCAACAACGUAUAUGCUCCCCACCACCACAAGUGCGGUUCAUAGACCCCACCAAUAGCGAUUCUCAGAGACCAGAAGCUUCCCAUCCACUAAGAACCUCGUGCACGAACUACCAGUUUCGCUCUCAGACUGGACGUCAAUUGAACCUCCAAGAUCCCAAGGGCAUUGACAUCAAUGAAUAUGAACAUGGUAACAAAGCCGAAGGGCGCAAAAGUCGCGAAACUGAGCCGGUUUAUCACGCUGAACCCUCCCGUCCUGAAUCACGAGAUCUUCCUCUCUUUCGCCCCGAAUCACCAGACCCUCAGCGCAUACCACAUCCACCCGAAAUAGAUACCAGCUCCUCACAGCAGUCAAAAAUCCGUCUCCAAAGACGUGAAGAUGAUCAAAAUGUGUGUCAAACUGCCCAGCCGGUUCAGUUGUCAAGACCUUUGGCGACUUCGCGAUCCUCAGGACGUCAUUCACCCGUUGUAGGGCCCUCCAGAGCAUCGCUGAGUGGAGCUGAUCAACCGGUUCAGUCGUUGAGACCUCCAACAACGACUUCGCGUUCCUCAGGACGCCAUUCGCCUGUGGCAGGGCCCUCUAGAUUAUCACUAGGUGUAUCUGUACGUCAAAAUGAUCAAGCGGUUCAGUCUUCAAGACCUUUGUCGACUUCGCGUUCCUCAGGACGCCAUUCACCCGCGGCUGGGACCUCUAGAGUUUCACUGGGUGUUCCGCCUCUGCACCAACAUGUGUCUCAAAUUGAUCAAUUUAUACCGUCUUCAAUACCUUCAGCGACUCCUCGUUCCUCUGGACGACAUUCACCGAGUGUAGGGUCUUCUAGAGCGCCACCAGGCAAUAUUCUUCAUCACCACGUAUCUCGAGACCAGCUUUAUCAGACGUUAAGACCUUCGGCGACUUCUCAGACAUCAAAACCUUCAGCGACUUCACAUUCAUCAAGAAACCAUCUCCCCAUUGCAGGGCCUUCUAGGCAAUCACCUCAACCAAAUCAGAUUCCAAGCUCUUCGGUAACAUUGCAUUCCUUGGGUCGUCAUCUCCCCAUUGAAGGGCCUUCCAGACCUUCACCUGCACCUCGUCACGAACCUGAAAAUCAAGCUUCUGACUCGGAAGGAUUGGACCAUUCAGAAGCAGACGAUUCCGAUGAACCUGACGAUUCAAGUGAUGGUGAACACGAUCUUUCCGAGCAGCGCAAGUACCAAAAUCGACGAGCGGCACGGAAGUUUAAGGAAAAAAAACAUCGGCAUCAAAACUCUCGUAUGGAGAAGUAUGCACGUACUCAACCGGAGCAACCCUCUCAAUAUGACGCCUUAUCCACAUCAAUUCACGAUUACAUCAAAUUGUUGCUUGGUAUUCAGCGCAAGGGCCAAGGACAAAACACCAACCGCUCUUUUUCCGACCCACCCACCAACGCAGAAUGUCAGGCAUGGGAGCAGCGAAAACUGGAUAAGCGCUUACACAUUGACAAAUGUGUUGACAAUGCUGUAUCUAAAUACAUAGAAACACAUCCCAAUGCAAAGCCCAACCUUAUCCUUGCGGUUGAAGCAGACACAGCCGAAGAAGCCAUCUCACACAUGGAACCAAUCGUCUUUGCCUCUCAGAUACCAACAGUCAUACCAAACCUCAAGUAUUCGAUCCCUGACCUCAGGACAUGCGAAGGAGCUCUAGCUUUGGCUGGCUUUUCCCGAUGUGCAUUGGACUGGAGGAGCUCGAUGAAAACAACUUGGAAUGAGGCUGUUGCUGCGCUUAUCCUGCAAGAAUGGGAGAAGUGCUAUCACAGAGGUGGCGCAGACAAGUAUACUAUCAACAGCCGAAAAGUUACCCCCGAGAAUCUACAUCUCAUCUUAGAACGAUGGUUUGAGACCAAAAAACGAAAGUACGUCACACAAGUUAACGAUGAAAAAGCACUUUUGGAUGAAGAAAACUCUCCGCCAUCCGAAGGUGAUUCAAGGAAUCAGAAUCAGAAUAGACAGAAGAAAGCCAAAGAAAUUCAGGAUAAAAGUUGCAGGAAGCGGGCACAAAAGCGAGUAUGUGAAUUCCGUUUGAAAGCAAUGAAUAAGUAUUUCCCAAAAGAGAAACGGUUUUACAACAUCAUCUCCGAAGUGUCAGUACACUCUGAAGAUGAAUUUGAUUCCUUCAAUGAACGGUAUCGAGUCGCGCUACCCUGGAGAUCAAAGGACUUUGUUGCAUUCCUGGGAGAGCUUGAUAGCCUAUACAAGCUGCUCCAAAAAUCUGCACGCGACCGUACCACUGCGGAUAAAGUAUUAGAUCGUGGUGAUCAUCGAGAAAUGGAAAGCCCGCAGAAAGAAGCAAGUUAUCCACCUAAAGGAUUCCCCAAAUCACUUAUUGAUCAGCGGUAUUGGGUCGGCCUUGCCAAGGCUGAGAAAGUAGGACUCCAGCUUUCACUUAAAGACUAUAACAUCCAACACCUGCUUCAAAAGGCGCUAGACUGGCAAACCCCGGACACAUGA